CCCCAAACCACCAGUGCAGAAAGAUCAUCUCCUUCAAAUCCCCCCUUCUGUAGACUCUCCUGCCUGCUCUCCUCGCGCUCUCUAACCAUGGCCGGCGGAGUGCACAAAAACCACGAGACGACGCCGACGUACGAAGGAAGGAUCACAACGAAGUACGAAGGAAGGAUCACCGCCUUCGUCGUGCUCUCGUGCAUCACCGCCGCCAUGGGUGGGGUCAUCUUCGGCUACGACAUCGGAGUUUCCGGGGGAGUGACUUCAAUGGAGCCAUUCCUGAAGAAAUUCUUCCCGGCGGUAUACAAGAGGAUGCAAGAGGAGGCCGGGGAGGUCAGCAACUACUGCAAGUUCGACAGCCAGCUGCUGACGGCGUUCACGUCGUCAUUAUACGUCGCCGGCCUCGUCGCCACCCUGCUCGCCUCGCGGAUAACUGGGGGAGCCGGCCGCCGCACCUCGAUGCUCCUCGGCGGUGCCGCCUUUGUCGCAGGCACGGCGGUCGGCGGGGCUGCCAUCGACGUCUACAUGCUCAUCCUCAGCAGGCUUCUGCUCGGCGUCGGCCUCGGCUUCGCGAACCAGGCCGUUCCACUGUACCUCUCAGAAAUGGCGCCGCCGCAGUACCGAGGAGCAUUCAACAACAGCUUUCAGUUCAGCAUCGGUUUGGGCGCGCUGUCAGCCAGCCUCAUCAACUACGGCACCGAGAAGAUCAAGGGCGGCUGGGGGUGGCGCGUCUCCCUGGCAUUGGCCGCCGUCCCCGCCGCGCUGCUCACUCUCGGCGCGCUCUUCCUCCCGGAAACCCCCAACAGCCUCAUCCAACAGGGCAAGGCCGACCGCCGCAACGUCGCCAACCUCCUGCAGAGGAUAAGGGGGUGCGAGGACGUCGGCGCGGAGCUGGACGACCUCAUUGCGGCCAGCGAUGCCGCCGCGAAGAUUCCCCCCGGCCGCAGGCAGUUCGAAGCCAUUGCGCGGCGAGAGUACCGCCCGCAGCUCGUGAUGGCCGUCUUGAUACCUUUCUUCCAGCAAGUCACCGGGAUCAACGUGAUCGCAUUCUACGCGCCGAUCCUCUUCCGGACCGUGGGGUUGGCCGAGGGCGCGUCGUUGCUAUCGGCAGUCGUCACGGGCGUUGUCGGCGCGGGCUCCACAUUCAUCGCGAUGAUGGCGGUCGACCGGCUCGGCCGGCGAGCCUUGCUCAUGAUCGGAGGGAUCCAAAUGUUCGCCGCGCAGGUGAUCGUCGGGGGAGUGAUAGCGGCGAAGCUCGGGGACGAGGGGGGGAUGAGCGAGGGAUAUGCGUACCUGGUGCUGGUGAUGAUCGGCGUGUACGUGGCCGGGUUCGGGUGGUCGUGGGGCCCGCUGGGGUGGCUGGUGCCGAGCGAGAUAUUCCCGCUGGAGGUGCGGACGGCGGGGCAGAGCAUUACGGUGGCGGUCAGCUUCUUGUUCACCUGCGUCGUGGCGCAGACGUUUCUGGCGAUGCUCUGCCGUCUCAAGGCGGGGAUCUUCUUCUUCUUCGGCGGGUGGCUGCUGGUCAUGACUGCUUUUGUGUAUCUGUUGCUGCCGGAGACCAAGAACUUGCCCAUAGAGCAGAUUGGAUUGGUGUGGAGAGAGCACUGGUUCUGGAAGAGGAUUGUGGCCGGGGGUGAUCCGGUUGGGGGAGCAAAGUGAACGAUCAUUUUGUUCUUGAGAUUGAUCAAUUGUUGGGAUCCCGUAUGUCAGUCACACCCCAAAAUUUGAAAAAUAAAAAAAAAAAUUUAAAUUACAAAGACCUUUCUUACAAAUAUUCCUUCUUUUUU